AUGGCUCCUCAGGUCUUCAUUCUUGGUGCUACUGGUUACAUCGGUGGCGAUGGUCUCUACGCCAUUGCCAAUGCACACCCCGAUUGGGAGCUUUCAGCUUUGGUUCGCAACAAGGACAAGGCUGCUGUGCUCUCUAGCAAAUAUCCCAAGAUCCGCGUCGUACACGGCGACCUAGACUCAUCCUAUAUUAUUGAAGAAGAGGUGAAGAAGGCCGAUAUCGUCUUCCACUUCGCCGACUGCGACCACGUCGCCGCAGCUGAAGCCAUUGCCAAGGGCGCCAAACACCACACAGCUGAGCGUCCUCUCUGGUUGAUUCACACCUCAGGAACUGGUAUCCUGACCGUGGAGGACCAGCGCGCUAAAACAUACGGUAUUGAGCGUCCUAAGGAGUAUAAUGACUGGGAAGGUGUCAGUGAGCUCGUCAACCUUCCUGAGGAUGCAUUCCACCGCAACGUAGACGAAAUCAUUAUCAACGCUGGCAAGCACAACCCUACCAGUGUUCGCACUGCUAUUGUCUGCCCUCCAACUAUCUACGGCCCGGGUCGUGGACCUGUCAACCAGAAGAGCAUACAGGCCUAUCUCCUCAGCGCGGCUGUCAUCAAGCGUGGUAAGGGUUUCCUUGUUGGAAAGGGCGAGAAUGUCUGGCACCAGGUUCACGUUCAAGAUCUGAGCAAUGUCUACCUUGCCCUGGGCGUUGCAGCUGCUGAGGGUGGUGGUAAGGCUACUUGGAAUGAUGAGGGCUACUACCUCGCUGAAAACGGUUCUUUUGUUUGGGGAGAUAUCCAGCGUGCUGUUGCACAGGCUGCUUUUGAUCAGAAGUAUAUCGAGUCCCCCGAGGUUGAGUCUUUGGAUGAGAAGCAGACUACUGAAAUCCUUUCCGUCGGAUUGUAUGCCUGGGGGUCGAACUCUCGUGGUCAUGCUCACCGUGCACGGAAACUGUUAGGCUGGGAACCUAAGCAGCCCAAGCUGAUUGAGUUGAUCCCGGAUAUUGUUACUCUUGAGGCUAAAGGCCUUGGGCUGUAA